GGGUGAGGCACUGGGCGUUGAGACAGUAGUGGAGGCUGCGUCAGUAGCUCCGUGUCAGUGUGCCACGCGAUCCCUCCAGGGAAGAACCGCCACAACUCCUCUCCCCUCAGAGACCCGGAACAUCAACCCGAGGGUCAAGGUGUGUUAAAUCAUCUUGUAUCAGCUGAGUGAUCUCAUCAUCUGGUGUUAGCCAUGGAUCUCACUGGUAAAGAAAUAGCAAUACUGGUGCUGCGGCUGUUGUUUGGGCUGGUAUACUCGGUGUACUGCAUGGUAGAGACGUUGGUGCUCACGCUGAUACCCCGCAGUUACCGCAGGAAGGACAUUAGGGGUAAUGUGACCCUGGUGACGGGCGGCGGUUCAGGCAUUGGCCGCCUCAUGUGCAUUAAACUGGCAGCCAGGGGAGCCAUCGUCGUCACCUGGGACGUUAAUGAGGAAGGCAACUUGGAGACGGUGCGGCAAGUGGUGGCGGCGGGAGGGCAGUGCCGCGCCUACACCGUCGAUCUGUGUAAUAGACACGCCAUCUAUGCUGCCGCCACUAAGCUCAAGCAGGAAGUGGGCAAAGUGGACAUCUUGGUGAACAACGCUGGUAUCGUCACCGGCAAGAAGCUCCUCGACUCUCCUGACGAGAGUAUUAUCAAGACCUUUGAAGUUAACAUACUCAGUCAUUUCUGGACAACGAAGGCAUUCCUGGCAGACAUGAUGGCUCGCAACAAGGGUCACAUCGUCACUAUCGCCUCCAUGGCCGGCAAAAUCCCGUGUAAUCGCCUCGUCGACUACUGCUCCUCCAAGUUUGCUGCCGUGGGCUUUGACGAAUCCCUCCGCCUUGAACUCCAGGUUGAGGGCAAGACAGGCAUCAAGACAACCGUGGUGUGUCCAGUUUUCAUCUCGACGGGAAUGUUUGAGGGAAUGACCAGCAAGAUCUUCCCAGUCCUGAAGCCUGAAUAUGUGGCAGAUGAGACUGUAGACGGCAUACUGCUCAACACACCCAUCGUCUACUUACCACUUUCCGCCAAGAUCAACGUUUUCCUCGGUCUUUUGUUGCCACAAAAGGUGCUCUACUACCUGAGUGAAGCAGUGGGCCUCACCCACAUGAUGGACACGUUUGUGGGGAGGAAAAAGACCAAGUAAACCCUACUGUAGUCACGACAUACUAAAGAGGUUUUCAUCAAGACCAGAAGAAAAUCCUUCCUUCACCACCACGAGAGAAACCUUAAAGAAACUCACUUUUUGUUAUCCACUAAUUUGGAAACUGAUAAUUCCUACUGAAACCUGCAGUGGAUGGCUGCCUGCACAUGGAUCGACGAGUAUUGUUUCCCCAUUCCACAAGACAGUGAGAACCACAACAAUCAACAAGUCACUAGCAACUAUUAUUUUCAAGGUUUAAAAGACAGCCAAUAAGUAGCCUAAUAGGCAGCAUACCAUUUUUGGUUCUCGCAAGAACUACAAGAGCAAAUCAUCAAGUACUAUUUCCUGAUUUUACAAAUUAAUGUACACAAUCCACCAGUAAAAUAACAAAUAGAUAAUGCUGCUAUUAUUAUGGGAAAUUCUUAUACAAUUCAUAAAAGUUAUCUACAAACACAAAAUGUUAUAAGAAAAGUAGUGUUUAUCGAAGAAACACGGCGAAAAUGCAUGCGAUAAUUUUUAUGAGUUUUUGUUUGGCAGCGUUCUGAUGAAUUAAAUCUUAAUGUAAUGAUGUCUUAGAACAAAUUUGUUUGUUCACCUUACCGUAGGCUUGUUCAGUUAUUACAAUCCAUCUUGAAUCGUCUAAGAAAAAAUUCUGACGGCUCCUCAGAUAAAUUGUAGAAUAAUGCUGCGCACACAUUGUACAGUGUAUACAGGAUUUAAACACCAAUAAAAUCCAGAUGUAUAACUUUUCA